AUGGUCCGUGGUGGUCACAUGUUCGCCCCCACCAAGCUGUGGCGCCGUUGGUUCGUCAAGACCAACCAGAACCAGAAGCGUUACGCUACUGCCUCUGCUCUGGCUGCCACCGCCGUCCCCUCGCUCGUCCUCGCCCGUGGUCACCGCGUCGAGGAGCUCGAGGAGAUCCCCCUCGUUGUCGCCGAUGCCGCCGAGAGCCUGACCAAGACCAAGGAGGCCGUCGCUCUCCUCAAGUCGGUCAACGCCUACAACGACGUUGUCAAGGUCUCCAACUCGCGCAAGAUCCGUGCCGGUGUUGGCAAGAUCCGCAACCGUCGCCACACCCAGCGCCGUGGUCCCCUUGUCAUCUACAACAAGGAUGCCGGUAUCGUCAAGGCCUUCCGCAACGUUCCCGGUGUUGAGCUCUGCUCCGUCGAGCGCCUCAACCUCCUCCAGCUCGCCCCCGGUGGACACCUUGGCCGCUUCGUCAUCUUCACCCAGUCUGCCUUCGGCCGCCUUGACGAGGUCUUCGCUGCCAAGUCUGGCUUCACCCUCCCCAAGGCCAAGAUUGCCAACACCGACGUUACACGCAUCAUCAACUCGGACGAGAUCCAGUCGGUCGUUCGCGCCAAGGGCCCCGCCAAGACCACCCGCCCCUUCACCCAGCGCAAGAACCCUCUCAAGAACCGUGCCGUUCUCUUCCGCCUCAACCCCUACGCCCAGGCUGCCAUCCGAUCCGAGAUCCGCACCCAGGCCGCCAAGAAGUCUGGCUUCAAGAAGGAGGCCAAGCAGCCCGUCGCCAAGGAGUUCCUCCAGCUUCUGCACGCCAACUAA